CUGCCCUGAGCAGCUGAGAGGAGCGGAGAGGGGAGAGAGAGAGAGAGAGAGAGAGAGAGAGAGAGAGAGAGAGAGAGAGAGAGAGAGAGAGAGAGAGAGAGAGAGAGAGAGAGAGCAAGCAAGCAAGAGGACUUUAUAAGGAAGACAGUUUCUGUCGCUCUGCAGCUCCUGAUCAGCGAAGAUGCAUCCGAUGAUCUGAGUCACUUGCAUGGAUCUGUUCUUGGGCAAUGGCUGGGGCCAAAUGCUGGAAGUAUCGUCGCCACCAUGGAGAGGUGAGAGACUGAUUUGCCAGAGGAAGCUGAGGAAGUCAGACAGGAUUACGAGAAGCUGCAAAACCAUGUGAAUGACGCCAUCAAAAACAGGAUGUUAAUGUUAGACGGAAUGCCUGCAGUCCGAGUCAAAACAGAACCUCUGGAAUCUGAGAGGGGGUCACCCAAAAUGCACAGUUACCCUGAUAUGGAGGCAGUGCCCCUCCUGCUCAGCAAAGUGAAGGCGGAGCCUCCAGAAGACCUUCUCUCUUCCGAGCAGUUCCAGACCCAGACAGAGCCAGUGGACCUGUCCAUCAACAAGACAAGGACGUCAUCUCCUUUAUCCAACACCUCAGCCUUUUCUCCAUCCUCUUCUUCAUCAUCGUCAUCCUCACCUUCUGUCAUCACCUCCAUCUCCUCUGGAAUGCCCUCUGUGCUGACAUCUGGGCCCUUGGUAGGCUCUUCACAAGGAGUUAGGGGUCAGCAGGUUUUGCACAUUAUACACCCUGUCCCCCCUUCAAGCCCUACUAAACUGGCCAGCCAGGUGCACCGCAUCCCUGUGGUGGUGCAGUCGCUGCCCCUCAUGUACACCACGGCUGUACGCUCCUCUUCCACCCUCAACUCCACUAUCAUGUUACCUCUCCUGGACGGGGCAAAGUACCAGAGCAAAGCACAAACUGACCUCAAUGGCCUGUCGCCAAGACAAAUCAAAAGUGACAGCGAUGAUGACGACCUGCCAAACGUGACCUUGGACAGUGUUAAUGAAACAGGAUCCACAGCCCUGUCUAUAGCCCGAGCAGUGCAGGAUUCCAUGUCACCAUUCAGUAUUGAGAGCAUUCGACGGCCACAGCCACCUGAAUCUCCAGACUCCAAGAAGAGACGUAUCCACAGGUGUGACUUUGCGGGCUGUAAUAAAGUUUAUACCAAGAGCUCCCACUUAAAAGCACACCGGAGGACACACACAGGUGAGAAGCCAUACAAAUGCACCUGGGACGGCUGCACAUGGAAGUUUGCCCGCUCAGACGAGUUGACACGCCAUUACCGUAAACACACAGGGGUCAAGCCCUUUAAGUGCGGGGACUGCGACCGAAGCUUCUCCCGCUCAGAUCACCUGGCCCUGCACCGCCGCAGACACAUGCUGGUCUGAACUGGGUUGUCCAGUCCACACACACACACACACACACACACACACACACACACACACACACACACACACACACAAGAGGGGAGCUGGGUCUCCCCAAAUAGUGUUCAGCUGGGCUGGACACAGACAUGGCCAUCCCUGCUUCUGAGAAAGUAAGAGAGGAUAAAAAAAGGAACUGAAAUAAAGGAAUAUGUUAAUUUCCACACAUCUGCAAAGCUAAACAGGUCCAUUCAGGGAUGGAGGAGGCUAUUCUACAGGCUACAAUUUUGGAGACCAGGAUGUUCAGAUUUCAACACUGCCUCAUCUCUACAUAAAAACAUUCUUCACUUGGACAUAUAGUUUAUUUUCUGGUUUUCCUUUCUGAAUCUUUCUCGUGUUCUUUUCAAAUAUGGCUGCUUUUCAAUCAACAUCUACAAUGUGAAGAAAUGCAGAAUGGAAUGGCUGUACUUGUUAUUCUGGUCCAGGCCUAAUUUUGGCUGCUGUACCUCGGGCAGAUUUUGGCCAGCUUCUCAUGGUGAUGGAUUUGAGACUGACCAUGAAUAAUGUUGUUGCACAAUUUUUAGCAUUUACCUUUGUGGAACAUCAAGAGCCAAGAACAUCCAAGAAGGAUCAAAGGGUUGUUCUUUUGGUGAUCGAUUGGAGACUUUGGGCCAGUGAUUUCAAGGCGUGAGGAAAAGAGGUUGUCAUUUACUACAGAUCAACACACCAGUGAAUUAGUUAACAUAAAGUAACAUAUCAGAAUUUUAUUUAUGGUCAUUGUAUCUUCUGUUCCCUCAAAUGUUGAUUUUGAAUUAUUUUGUCAUUUACUCACUCUCAUGACAUCCCAGAUGUGUAUGACAUUCUUUCUUCUGCUGAACACAAACAAAGAUCUUUAGAAGAAUAUCUCAGCACUGUAGAUCCAUAAAAUAUAAGUGAAUGGUGACCAAAAUGUUUAAGCUCAAAAAGCACAUAAAGGCAGCAUAAAAGUAAUCCAUAAGACUUCAUUGGUUAAAUCCAUGUCUUCUGAAGCAAUAUGAUAGGUGUGGGUGAGAAACAAGACCUUGUUUACUAUAAUUGUCCUCCCUGCCCAGUAGGUGGCAAUAUGCAUAAAGAAUACAAAUCACCAAAAACAAAGGAAAGUGAAAGUGGAGAUUUAUAGUAAAAAUGAUUAAAUAUUGAUCAGUUUCAGAAGAUAUGGAAUACACCACCGGAGAGUCAUAUGGAUUACUUUUAUGCUGCCUUUAUUUGCUUUUUGGACCUUCAAAGUUCUGGCCACCAUUCACUUGCAUUGUAUGGACCUAUAGAUCUGAAAUAUUUUUUUCUAAAAAUCAUUGUUUGUAUUCAGCAGAAGAAAGUAAGUCACACAUAUGGGAUGGCAUGAGGGUCAACAAAUUUUAACUGAAAAGCUUUUCCAUUAAUUUAAUUUAAUACCUGUAUUAAACAGAAAGACAGUGGACACCAUCUCUGCUCAAAAGACUAGCUCAGACCAGCAUAAUUUCCAUCAUGGUCCAGUCAUGUUUAUACUUGAUUUGUGCUGGUCUAGUUUGGGGACCAACAUAGCCUGCUAUUCUCCUUAGCAAAACUUAGUUAGUAAAGCUGGUUGACAAGAAAGUCUUGUUGGCUCUGUGAACUAAGAAGCCUAGUGGAGACAAAAAAAUGCAACAUAUCCUGGUGAUCAGCUAAGAUCCAAUUGCAUCCUUUGAUUCCCUUUCUUUGUGAGAUUGUUUGUGGACCAUCAAGCUUUGAACCGCUCAGUUGUAAGUGUCAGUGAUUAGUACAACAGCUUCACAAAAAUGAGCGAUACUGGCUUUAUCCUUUACUCACUAUUUACCAAGAAUCCAGAGCUAUAUAGCAUUCUACUGACUGUCACAUGUGAAGAAUAGUCUCUCUUAUCAAUAUCUAUAUAAAUACACUACACAAACCAAGAUGAUCAAAAGAAGCAAUACAACCUAUUUGUGAAUACAAAAAACACUUUUGCAUAUGGUACCUAAAUAAAGCCACCUAAGGUAUGGGCUUUCAUCUGUCUUUGUUCAUAUGGAUUCUAGAGCUGUCAGAAAAGCUGUCUUAUGCCCUUGUGAUGCAUAUGCACUUUCAAGUGGCCACAAAAAGCCACCAUGAUUGCUUCACAGAUGAUUAAAUAUUACCAGAAUUUAAAUUUCCAAAUGGACACUUUGCAGUCUGUCUGUACAUGCAUGGGUGAUCAAAUAUGCUGACUAGAUCUACAGUCAAUCACACAGUUGCUUGGACAUCCAUGUCAUUUUUGUCACACACACACACAGAAUUUAAAUGAAUGUCAAAUGUUGUGAAAUGCUGUAAAAGGAAACAAAGGAAGAGAACGAUUCUUUACUUAGGAACAGUUUGUCCAUAAGAGAGAUAACAUGACCAAUCUGUUUCUAGCCUCUUUUUUAUUUUAUUUUUUAAUAUAUGUUCUGAAGUAUUAUGAUCUACCAUGUUUUAUGUUCUACAGUAUGUAUUUGUGUACACGUGUGUAUUCUGUAAAUGGGGUUGAACAUAACACGAGCACCUUGGUUUUAUGAAGAAUGAAAGUAAUUAUUUGAAUAUAAAAAUGACAUUAAUCACCAAUGUAUUUUAUCAUCAUAUUCUGUAUUUUUGAGGUGUGUCUGUAAUGUAGGGCACUUCAUCUGCAUAUGACUAUUUUCUGUACAAAAAAAUACAUUUAGAAAUGUUGUAAUAUAUGUGAAAGUGAAAGGAUAUUGCUCCGAUUUACAGGCUGUAAAUACCUAUUAAAAUAGGUCUUUUUUUUAAAUACAAGGGAUUAUCUUUAUACAUAUGCAGAUUUUUCAGAGACGUUCAUUUAGCUAAUAUAAUAGUGUUCAACCGUGCUAUGUGUGAGAAUGCAGAAGGCUCUCUGUCAUCUUAAAUACAAACGCAUAGUUACGUGCAAUUUAUUUGAACAAUCAAAUAAAAUGUUCAGCACAGUAUUCAGGUGGUGAUGCCUCUUUAUAGUAUAUAUAGACAGUAAUUUUUCAAUGUUUUUAUACUGACUCUAUGAAAUGUGAAUCAAAUUAAAAUAACAUGCUCCCAGCUCAGUAUUCAAGGGUCAUCUUCAGCAAAAAAAAUAAAACAUUUUUCAUUAUUCUUACACCAAUAAGGUUUCCACUCUGUAAAACAGAGGGAGGGAGAGCUGGGUUGUUUUAUUAACUCAUUUUGUAUAACUUUCCCUCCCCUGUGGCAUUCUCACAUGUGGCAUAAUUUUGUAAAGGCAAACAGGGUCAAAGUUAUGCAAUAAUAACGAGUGCCUAGUAUUAUUAAGAUUAUCACAUACAUAGUGUAUGCACAGACAUUACAAACAAAAUGUGUUCUAGAAAAGAAUUGAGCUCAAGUUGCAAGGUUUCUCUGGUUUAAACACCCAGACUCAACAUAGAAAAACACAAUUCUAAUCCUUUGAAAUGCACUGAGCCUUAUGACCCAUUUUGUGACAUCAGAAGGUGAAGAUGUGAAAUUAUCAAUUUAGUGUUUGUGUCUCCUAUGGAAGCUGCAUAAGAUUUGUAUGGUAAUAUUCACCUAUGGAAGGACAAAUUUGCUUAAUCCCCAGACCUAGUAAACUAUCUCUGCAGUUUCAGUCGUCUCCAAUCAUGGUAAUACUUCAGUCAAACAGGGAAUAUUCUUAAUGUUAAGACACUGGUGUUACAGCGUAGUCCUUUGGCAAUUCCUCUGUGAACAGCAC